AGAGUGAGCUGUUGACUGUCAGACUCAGACAGGGUCCGGUCGCUUCUAUUGUACUACACUACACUUGUCCCGUCCGUGCAGCGUUUGAGGUUAGGUCCGUUGUGCUUCAGGACUUGCUAGUGUGUUACCUUUGUGAUAGUUUUGAGGCCACGUUGUGACGUGGACAGUGCUACCGUCCAGUACUCGUGUGUCCGGAGUACUUUUGUGUUCAAGACUAAUUAGUGAUUUCCUCUGUGCUUGAAGAUCGCUUUCUUCCGUUGGACCAGCUCUAAUCCUCCGGAGUUCGACGGUGUCCUUCUUACUUGGACCGGAAAUCAACAGUUUCUCCGGCAAUUCAAAUAAGGACCAAAAACUAAUAAAUAUUCAAUACCGGGUGGAAAAAUAUGGUGACAUAAAUAACGUUAAAGCCGAACACUGAGCGAAGUGUAUGUUAAUCCGACAUUGUGCCGCAGGCCCCAGGAUAAUAGAGAUCGGACAAGGGGGGGAAGUGUUGUGGGACGGAGUAUUCGAAAAUUAUACCGUAGUGAUAAUGACGGUCCAGCGGCCCAUCUCGGGUUCGGAGGAUGAAGACAUUAACCGUGGAGAAGAGUGGGGGUACAAGAUGGAGUUCGGAAACAAUGUGGUCCGAUUGUUGGCGCAACAAUGAAAUAAUCCGGCUAAUUCCCGAGCAUUGUAGUCGUAGACCAAUCGGCAUCUGUUUAAUUGUCGGACAGAAUCUUUCAUUGUGGUCUGGAAUGUUCAUGGUGAACUCGUUGUUGUAGGCAAUUGUGUUGUUUUGUGACAGUGAAUUGUUCAAAAUGCCCGAGAAGGAAGUGUAUAAUAUGGCUCCUCCCCCGACAGGUCUGCCGUUCCAGUUUCCUUCGGCGUUCGCCGCCUUCCAUGCACCGCUCCCGGUGGACCAGAGGACCCACGAAGGGAGGUACCUGUGGGAUCCGACCUCCGGGAGAGUCCUCCACCCGGGAGGCGCAGGAACGGCCUUUCAUCCUCCCGCCCAUGGGUUAUCAGCAGCCUCAGGGGAGCUUUCGUCGCUGCUGUCCCGGAGGGGGGUGUUGCCCCCACCUCCCCACCACCAGGACUACCACCCUGCCUAUAGACUGAACCCUUACAUGGAACUCUACUCCUCCCUGCAACACGCUAGCCCUCCUUCUUCCAUUCACGGGUUGGGGCUAUCUGCAGAGUAUCUGACAUCAAGGACGCUACCAGACCUGCAACAGCCACCUUCCACUCUUACCAGCACAGAGUUCCUCCUUGCCUCUGAUGGUGGUCGGCUGGGCAGUCCGCGGGCUGUGAGUGCCCAUCAGUCGCGCAAGCGCGCACUCUCCGCGUCCCCAUACACCGAUUCCAUUGACAUCAGCUCCAUGAUACGCAUCUCACCGAACUCUCUGGUCAGCAUUGUCAAUGGCUCCCGUAGCUCCAGUGCAAGUGGUUCCUAUGGUCACCUCUCCGUCGGAGCAAUCAGUCCCGCCCUCAGCAUGCACCCUGGCAUGGCCCCCCACCUACAGCAACUUCAGGCGCACCUGCUACGCUCAGGCGGACUGCUGCCCCCGCUACACCCCCACCAGCCUGGUCUCUACCACCCCCAUCCGCUGUCAACCUCCGCCGAACUGCUCACAGCCAAGCAAGAGGUCACCAGCCAAUCGUGCAAGAAGCCGGACUGGGUGCGUGCCGAAGCUGACACAAGUGCCGCCUGUGGAGUGCAGCGUAAACCUGCCAAGGUCAAGCGAGAGCUGAAGCAGAACUCCCCAGAGUCUGCUGCAGACCUCAAAGACGAACCUGGGGACUUCAUAGAGACCAACUGCCACUGGAAACAGUGUGGUCUGGAAUUCCCCACUCAAGAUCUGCUAGUCAAGCACAUUAACAAUGACCAUAUCCACGCAAACAAGAAAUCCUUUGUCUGCCGUUGGGAAAAGUGCUCCAGAGAUGAGAAACCUUUCAAGGCUCAAUACAUGUUGGUGGUUCACAUGAGGAGACAUACUGGUGAAAAGCCACACAAGUGUACGUUUGAGGGAUGCCCAAAAGCGUACUCCCGACUAGAGAAUCUCAAGACCCACCUGCGCUCACACACGGGCGAGAAGCCGUACACGUGUGAGUACCCUGGGUGCAGCAAAGCCUUCAGUAACGCCUCGGAUCGUGCUAAGCACCAGAACCGCACUCACUCCAAUGAGAAACCCUACGUCUGCAAGGCACCUGGCUGUACCAAGCGCUACACGGAUCCCAGCUCUCUGCGGAAACAUGUGAAAACUGUGCACGGAGCAGAGUUCUAUGCUAACAAGAAGCACAAGGGUGCCGGGGAGGACGAUGGAGGCAUGGGAGGCACCUCGCCCUCUCGCAGUGAUGACAUGCCCCUCAGUGCCAAGACUGCCUCUGUGUCCAGCCCCAGUAUCAAGUCCGAGGAAACCAACUCACCUGGUCAACAAGGUUCUCCUCUCAGUGUGAUGCCCCACUCCCAGGGCAGUCCGCUGGGCAUGACACAACACGCUGGCUUCUGUGAUGAGCCUGUCAGUGACAGCAACGUCAGCACCUCCACCACCCACCCUGUAGACGACUGGGUCGAUGAGAGUCAGGAUCUAGAUCUGUACGAUCUUCCUGCGGAUCUUCAAGCUGUGGUCAGUCUUGCUCCGCCUCCUCCACUCUCUAGACACAACACUCUCAAGGCCAAGCUGCAAGCCAAGGGAGUUCCCUCUGUUCCCUUACAACCUCUCAUACCUCACCAGCAACAGCCACCAGGACCGAGAAGAGUACUUGGCACGUUGACAGAGCUGAACCGAAGGAUCACCGACCUGAAGAUGGCCGGAUCUACCAACAUAACAGCAGAGGUGAGGCGGGACUCCAACUCUACUGUCAGCACCUACUAUGGCAGCAUGAAGAGUGCAGAUUUAUAUGGCAGUAGGCGUAGCAGUCAGGUCUCUCAGUGUCAGUCCCAGAGGCCGAGCAUGUCAUCUCUGUACGACCCUAUCUCUGUAGGAGGUUCCUCACGACGGUCAUCCAACCUUAGCACCAACCUUGUGCUUCAGCCUCAGAAUGUGACAUGGAGUACAAUACCAGCGGUGCCGGCAUCGCAAGAGAAGGGUGAGAGCAGGCGUAUGUCAGAGCCGUGUCAGGCCACACCGCCGUGCCAGUCUCCACCCCCUCGUCCUCGUAGUGCUCACCCACCCUCUCCCCGCCCCACACUUCAUCCCAAUCAGGAGGUGAACCUGGACCAGAUGGCAGAAGGUGAACUGCUCGAGAACAAGCUGGUGCUGCCUGAUGAUAUGGUCAUCUACCUGAACCACCUCCAGGUUGCUGAAAACAGCAAUCAAUCAGGCACCAGCUUCUUGGACAAUGCCGGUGGUCAGAGCCCAGGAAGGCCUUCAUUCCCUACGGGGCCACCACAGCGGCUGAGCCCCCUGAUCCCCAGCCCUGGCAGCCCCAUGCAGACCUUCCCCUUGGCCUCUAGUCCACUCCACAGUCUGCGGUCUGUCCCGAGCCCCCGCCAGCACUUCACGCAGCACAGGGUCUACCAGCCGCAGUCGCAACCACAGCCACAACAGAUGCCUCCGCAGAGUCCCAGAAUAGCCAUGCAGCCCUGUCCGCAACGCAUGCAGCCCAACAUGAGUCCUGCCAGAGUCCCGCAGCUCAACAGUCCCCACACACCUCAGAUGGGUGGACACCAAGUUGUGAACCACCAGCACAUGCACAUGGGAAACCACCACAUGGGUCACAACCACAACCAGAACAUGAACCAGCAGACGAUGUGCCAGCAGACUCAGAACCAGCGGCUGAGCCACAUGAUGAGUCCCACGUCGUGCUGUACCGGUACCAGCUACAACCAGACAAUGACGAACCUGGAGCAACCGUUGACCUCCCCGGCAGCGGCUGCUACCGCUCCCAUGCAACCCAUCUAUCAACCCCAGUCCCACCAGGCCAGGCACUGCAACUGUAACAGUCAGCACUGCAGCCAGCAUCAGCACCCUCAGCACAUGCAUCAGUGCGGUGGGAUGAUGCCGCCUUGCCACCCACAACAGCAGAUGAUGUCUUGUGGCAACCACCAGGGUUGCGGCAUCCAGAAUACCUGCAUGGCCCAGCAGUCUCAGUGUGGAAUGCAGCAGAACUGCAUGAUGCAACAGCACAACUGUGUGCCACAGCAGUUCUGCAGCCCGCAGCAUCAGAGCGUGUACAACCAUCUCGGCACCGAGAAGGAAGAGAUCCAGUGUGGGGUAGUGAGUCAGUCGUCCAACAACAUGAGGCAAGCCGCUUACCAGAGGACUCUAGAGUACGUGGAACAGUGUCAGUCCUGGGCGGUAUCCAGCUCUACACAUCCACCCUCCACUAACAUGGUCAUUAACGACAUGUCCUCGUCCCUUAAUUCUUUAAUGGAAGAAAACAAGUACUUCCAGAUGAUCCAAUAGUGAUAUAGACACUAUCUGUUUUAUAAUGUACAAAGUGUUUUCAUAUCUAAACAUAAGAUUGUUUAUGAGGUUUUCUGGCCAAAGUGAAAAACAACUUAGUCAAAGGUGCUUACUUAACAUCAUAUUUCAUAGCUACGUUAUUCUGAUAUUCAUAAUAUCAGUUUUAUUCACAAUACUAAACUUACAUAUUGAAUCAGUCACAACUGAAUAAUUAUAUUUAAAAAUAGUGUUAUUUGCUCCAAUAUUUAUGAACACACAUAGUAUAUAUGUGAAACCUGUUAGAUAAAUCAGAUAUUGUGUUUAAUAUACGAAAAAUGCUGUGCAAUUUGAAUUUUUUAUGAAUUUGUAAAUCAUUAAUUCUGUUGAGUUUAUUAUUGUAAUCUAUAUUAUGGUGCAUGAAAUUAUAUUUUUCACCUAGGUUUAUACUAUGUUGACUAUAGUAUAUUACAAUUAAAGUUAAAAUUAAUUGUGUUUGUUUACAGAUUUGUGGUUUGUUUACAUUUUAUUUUGCUUGGUGUACCUUGAAAUGUGUAAAAUGUUUCUUGAUAAAAUUGAAAUUAAAUAUUUUUUAAAUGUUGCUUCGGGUAUCUGUAUAUUACUAACCCUUUUUGUAUAGUUUAUAUGAAAUUUAUGAAAUGCUGUUUCUGGCACUAGCAGCCUAGUUUCUCAGCAACAAAUUGAUGAUCUCUAAAGGCAAGGAACCUCACUGCGGCAGGGUCUGUUUAAAAUAUUGUAUAUAAAAUUCUUUUGUAUAUGUAAAUUAUUUGCUUGAUAUGUGAUAAAGUAGCAGGGAUUUUCCAUUGUGUGCUGAAGACAUUUUUUAUGUUCAUAAAUAGUGUCUGAUCUCUGGAACCUCAUUGAUGAUUUAUUUAUUGCCAUCCAAGCACAUUGUGUAAAUAAUGUAAAGUGUUAUCAACUUAGAGUUAAUGUUGUCAGUAUUACGGCUUAGCUGUAGUUUAUAAUAAAUAAUGUGUCAUAAAUAUUUGUUAUUCUAAUUUUGAUCUUAAUUUCACAUAUGUGUUUCUUAAAUACACAUUUACAAAUUA